AGCAAAACCUUCAGUGGUCUGCGCAUGUUCUGCAGGAGGAAGGCUGCUUCCAAAGCUGCUCUGCAGUCCGAUGUUUCAACUGCUGGCAGGGCCGAUCCACUCCGAGAGCCCAGCAGUACCAUCGACUGGAGUGACACUGCACAGUUUGGGGAUCACAUCUGGUUUGAGAUCAGUGGCUCUGGAGACUUCUGUUAUGUUGGAGAGCAGUGCUGCAUCGCUAAAACGUUGCAAAAGUCAGUGGCGAGGAAGAAAUGUGGUGGUUGUCAGAUAUCUGUCCACAUCAUGUGUAUGGAGCAGCUGGAGAAGAUUAAUUUCAGGUGCAAACCAUCAUUCAGGGAACCGGGACCUCGAGCAAUUCGAGAGGCUAAUGUUGUGCGACACCACUGGGUCCACAGGAGACGUCAGACAGGGAAGUGUCGACAGUGUGGGAAGGGAUUCCAACAGAAGUUUUCCUUCCACAGUAAAGAUAUUGUUGCCAUCAGCUGCUCCUGGUGCAAACAGGCAUUUCACAACAAAGUGACCUGCUUCAUGCUGCAGCAGAUUGAGGAGCCGUGUUCCCUGGGAGCUCAUGCUGCCGUCAUGGUCCCUCCCACAUGGAUAGUCAGGGUCCGCCGACCACAGUCUUCUUUGAAAUCCAGUAAGAAGAAAAAACGAACAUCACUGAAAAGUAGCAAGUCCACCAAGAAGGGAGCAGAGCUCCAAGAUGGCCGCUUCAAGCCUUUCCUGGUCAAACCCCUUCCCUCCCAACUAAUGAAGCCUCUGGUGGUGUUUGUCAACCCUAAGAGUGGUGGAAACCAGGGAGUGAAGAUAAUCCAGUCCUUCAUGUGGCACCUGAAUCCUCGCCAAGUGUUUGACCUGUCACAUGGAGGGCCCAGAGAGGGGUUGGAACUGUAUGCCAAAGUUCCCAACCUGAGGAUCUUGGCUUGCGGUGGUGACGGGACUGUGGGUUGGAUCUUAUCAGUGUUGGAUCAGCUGAACCUUUGCCCCCAGCCGGCCGUGGCCAUCCUCCCCUUGGGCACCGGCAACGACCUGGCCAGGACCCUAAACUGGGGUGGGGGUUACACUGAUGAGCCAGUGACUAAGAUCUUGUCAAAUGUGGAGGAUGGAAACAUAGUACAGCUGGACCGCUGGAAUCUCCAGGUAGAGCCCAACCCUGAGGCCUCACCUAAGGAGAAAGAGGAGCAUCAGACUGACAAGCUUCCAAUUGAUGUGUUCAACAACUACUUCAGCCUUGGCUUUGAUGCACAUGUUACGCUGGGCUUUCAUGAGUCUAGAGAGGCAAACCCCGAAAAGUUCAACAGCCGCUUCCGGAACAAGAUGUUCUAUGCAGGGACAGCGUUCUCAGAUUUUCUAAGUGGUAGUUCUAAAGACCUGGCCAAGCACAUUAAAGUUGUGUGUGACGGGACAGACCUGACAGCCAAGGUCCAGGAACUGAAGCUACAGUGUCUGCUUUUCCUCAACAUCCCCAGGUACUGUGCGGGCACAACUCCAUGGGGUCACCCCAGUGAGCACCAUGACUUUGAACCCCAGCGUCAUGACGACGGUUGUAUUGAGGUUAUUGGCUUCACAAUGACAUCUCUGGCCACUCUGCAGGUGGGAGGUCAUGGAGAAAGGCUCCAGCAGUGUAAGGAAGUCACCCUGACCACCUUCAAGUCCAUCCCCAUGCAGGUAGAUGGUGAGCCCUGCAAGUUGGCUCCAUCAGUCAUCCACAUCCAUCUGAGAAGCCAGGCCAACAUGGUGCAGAAGGCGAAGAGAAGAAUCUCCAUGCCCCAUCUCAACGAGCAGCAGUCAGUUCCAGAGAAGCUGCAGAUUGGUGUUAACAAAAUCAGCAUGGCGGCGUAUGAGGAGCUUCAUUAUGACAAGGAGCAGCUGAGAGAUGCUGCUGUCCCCCUCGGAGUGGUCAUCAUACCUGGAGACAGUGACCUGGAGACCUGCCGCUCCCACAUCCAGCGCCUUCAUGACAACCUGGAAGAGGAAGGCAGUCUGAUGACAACAGAGAGCCUACCCUCACAGAAGCUCCCCCAGAAAUGGUGCUUCCUCGACGGCACAACUGCAGACCGUUUCUACAGGAUUGACCGUGCCCAGGAACAUCUGAACUAUGUGACAGAGAUCUGUCAGGAGGAGAUCUACAUACUGGACCUGGAAGUGGUCCUAAAGGAGACCGUGGGCACCUCCCCUGGCAUGCCUGACUUGGUGGACUCUUAUGGCGAGGAGCGCCAUGACCAACAGUGUCAGUUCGUCUUUCCCUGCUCGUCAUCCUUCCCUACACCAAACUCCACCAGCGCUGCUUCAUGUGACACAAGGCAAGACUCAGAUCUGAUCAGCUGUAUCCAGGCUGGAGAUCUCCACAGGCUGAUGGACCUUCACCAACAAGGUGCAGACAUUUUGCUGCAGGACCAAGGAGGCUGUACAUUGCUGCACCAUGCUGUGGAGGUGGGGAACAAGGACAUCAUCAAGUACCUCAUAGACAAUGUGCCUGUAUCUCACCUGGACAUAACAGAAAAAAACACAGGUGAAACAGCUCUCCAUAAAGCAGCCAGUUCCUGCCAGAGGAGCAUCUGUCACUUCCUUGUGGAGGCUGGGGCAUCGCUCAUGAAGACAAACCUACAGGGUGAGACGCCCAAACAACGUGCUGAGAAAGUCAUGGACCAAGAAUUGGCUGAGUAUCUGGAAAAUCGACAACAUUGUCAGAGAGAAGACCAGGAGACUACAGUCUGA